ACGAAGGAAAUCAGGACACGAAUUUGUGCAGGACUCCAAUUCUUCUCCUGCGUCUGCGACGUCUCUCGCUCCUAUUGCUCGUUUUGGUAUCGUCGUCUCCUGUCCACACACCCACCUUCUAUAUUUACACCCCUCGACGGGCCCGGCGGCUUCCCCUCCUCCCCAUUGAAUUGGAAUCCAUGGCCACCUUAUAAUCCAUAGGGAGGGGCAGGAGCAGGGGAAAACAACACAGAAGGAGGCCAUUCCGCCACCGCUCCCAUGGAUCAGUCCCUCCCUUCCCGAUAUCCCCCUCUCCUCGCAUCCUCCUCCCCUGACUCCUCCGCUACCCGCCGACUUCGCGUCCUGGCCGUCCUCAUGGCGGUGCUCUUGGUUGGAAUCGUCUCCGUCGACGUCAUCGUCCGAGGCAGAGCUCCUCGUGAUAGGACGGCACUCCGCCCCACGGAUGCCAUCCCCCGCUCCCGUGGCCCGGCUGAUGGCGUCUCGGAGAAGUCAUCCCGCUCUGGCCUCUCCUCAUCCGCCACCGCGGGUGUCAAGGGACCAGAAGAUUACUUCCAAUGGACCAAAGAAAUGCUCCAAUGGCAGCGCACGGCCUUCCAUUUCCAACCCCUCGACAACUGGAUGAACGAUCCAAACGCGCCGUUGUUCUACAAGGGGUGGUACCAUUUCUUUUACCAGUACAACCCGAGCAGCCCGGUGUGGGGUAACAUCACCUGGGGCCACGCUGUCUCACGUGACCUCGUACGUUGGCUCCACCUCCCUCUCGCCCUCGUCCCCGAUCACUGGUACGACUCCCGCGGCGUCUGGACCGGCUCCGCCACCCUCCUCCCCCCGGACGGUCGCCCCGCCGUCCUCUACACCGGCGCCACCGACGAUUCCGUCCAGGUGCAGAACCUCGUCUUCCCCGCUGACCCCGCCGACCCGCUGCUCCUCCGGUGGUCCAAAUCCGACGCCAACCCGGUCCUCCUCCCCCCGCCCGGUGUGGGUCCGCAGGACUUCCGCGACCCCACCACCGCCUGGGCCGACGCCACGGGAUCCAGCUGGCGCGUGGCCAUCGGCACCAAGGACGAGUCCCACGCCGGGAUCGCUCUCGUCUACCGCACCACCGACUUCCUCACCUACGAGCUGCUGCCCGGCGUGCUCCGCCGGGUCGCCGGCACCGGCAUGUGGGAAUGCGUCGACUUCUACCCGGUGUCGACGGGCGGCGUGGCGGCAGGGGAGGGGCUGGACACGUCGGCAGUGGCCGGAGACGGGGUGAAGCACGUGCUGAAAGCGAGCAUGGACGACGACCGGAACGACUACUACGCCAUCGGGAGCUACGACCUGGAGAAGAACGUGUGGGUCCCGGACGACGCAGAGGCCGACGUGGGGAUCGGGCUGAGGUACGACUGGGGCACGUUCUACGCCUCCAAGACGUUCUACGAUCCGGCGAAGCGGCGGAGGGUGCUGUGGGGGUGGGUGGGGGAGAUGGACAGCGAGGGCGCGGACGUGCGCAAGGGCUGGGCGUCUAUUCAGGCCAUCCCUCGGACGGUGGUGUUUGAUGUCAAAACCGGUGGCAAUCUGAUCCAGUGGCCGGUGGAAGAGGUGGAGAGCUUGAGGAUGAGCAGCAGAAACUUCAGCGGCAUCACCGUCGCCCCUGGAUCCGUCAUUCCUCUCGAUGUUGGCUCGGCCACACAGUUGGACAUAGAGGCUGAGUUUGUGAUCGAUGAGGCGGCAUUGAUGGCGACGACGGAGGCCGAUGUGGGCUACAACUGCAGCACCAGCGGUGGUGCUGCUGCGAGAGGUAUGCUCGGGCCAUUUGGGCUUCUCGUCUUGGCCGAUAAGGCCUUAUCGGAGCAGACCGCCGUCUACUUCUACGUGGCGAGAAGGAGGGACGGUCGCCUACGCGCCCACUUCUGCCAGGAUGAAUCGAGGUCAUCGAAGGCGAAUGAUAUCGUGAAGAGAGUGGUCGGCAGCACAGUUCCCGUGCUUGAUGGUGAAAAGUUGUCAUUGAGAAUACUGGUGGAUCACUCGAUUGUGGAAAGCUUUGCUCAGAAGGGAAGAACAUGCAUCACAUCUCGUGUGUAUCCCACUGAGGCAAUUUAUGGAGACGCAAGAGUCUUCCUCUUUAACAAUGCCACCAACUGCAAUGUGGUAGCCAAAUCCCUCACCACGUGGCAGCUAAACUCGACUUACAAUCAUCCCUACUCUUCUUCCAAAGGUAGUUCGAUGGACUGCGUGUUGCUGGUCCAGCUUUGGACAUGUCUGCUGGUGUUCUUUACAUUAAUGUUAUGAUGAAGAUAUGGAUAUUAGAAAAAGUAUGACUAUAGAGAUAUGAGACAAUUUUGUGAUA